AUGCAACGCAUCAAGGACCAGGACCAGGAAAUAAAUGAUCUCAAAACUGAAAUCAGAGAUAAAAGGAACGAGGAGACUGAGAUGAAAAUCCAGAUGACCGUUCUCAAGACUGAGAGAGACCACACCCUUGAGAAUCUGUUCAGGGCCCAGAGAGAAAUUGAUCUGCUGACUACAAGAGUUGAAAAACAGCAGCAGGAGAUCCAAGCCAGGACUUUGGAUCAGAAAAAAAUGGGCAGAGAGCUGGACCAGGUCAAGAAGGAUUGUGACUCUGUGCGCAACCAGCUGAUAGAGGUCAGUAGGAAACUGGAGAACACACAGGUGUUGCAGGACAGAUAUAAAGACAAUGUGAAACGGGACCUUAAGCUGGAGGAGAAGAAAUACAGGGUGAUCCUGACAGAGAAGGAGAGGUUAGAAAGAGAGCUGCAGCUCUCUACGCACCAGGUAUCGCAGCAGCAACAUACCAUCACUAUCCAGAAGGCUGCAAAAGACUCCUUAGAGCAGACAGUGAAAACACUCAGGGAGGAAGUUGAGUCCCUCACGCUGCACAACAGGGAGUCUGAGACUGAGAUUGAUGGACUGAGAGAGGCUUUCGAGAAGCUUCUUAGGCAGAAAAUUGUGUUGAUCACAGACAGAGCGAGGAGUGGAAAGCAAGUCUAUGAUUCCACCUUUCUGCUGUAUAAAUACAGGCAGUGCUACCAGAAAGAGCGCCGUGUGCAGCGCCAAGCAGCACUCGUUGUGAAACAGCGCGAAGAGAUCGAGGAGCUAAAGCUCGCGUUGGCACAGCGUCCGGAUAACGUGGUGGUGAAGCUGAUGAAGAGUCAGUGGGACAACAGAGAGCUCAAGAAGCAGCUCAUGGCAUUAAAGGGCGAAAAAGUCAAGUACGAGGUGACUUAUCAGCAUGCCAGGGAAGAAAACAAAAAGCUCACAGAGGGCCUGAGUGAGAUGAAGGUGGACGCUGGGCACAAGCCCAAAGCAGAGCACCAGAGUGAGCCUCCGCAAUUAUCGAGGCACACUCGGUUCCCUCUCUCUGCUGACAGGACCCCGUCUCAGUCUGAAGACAGGUCUGGUCGUGUGCCCGUCCUCCCUCCCCUCACCAAAACGACCCAGCCUUGUGUGAGAAAAUUGGUGCCGCGCCCACCUCCACCCUCAACUCCAAAGUCUACACCUGACUUGAAGUUGCGCGUCAGAAGAGUGCUCCCGCCUCAAGCAACACCUGUCCGUAAGUGAAUGUUUCCGACAACACAGUGACCCCUACAGGACAAAUUAACACCGGACACCAUGGAUGGCUCCUACAGUGCUCACUAAUUGACCCUUUGCUAAGUCCCGUCCCCGGACGCAGAUUGGCUUUAGCUUCUAAUAUCUUUGUAUUUUUAAGGUGUUGUUGCUGCUGAGUCAGUUUGACAUCCUGGAUAUAUCCUUCAAGCACAUUUUGUAGAUCCCUCUGUCUGCUUCUCUCUGGAAUCACGAUGUCAUUUUUCCAAAAACAUGAUAUCAUUUUUUCAGGGAGCGCAGUUAGUUACAGUGUGGGCUUGUUGGGACAUCACAAAGGGGCGUGGCUUAGCAAAAGGUCAAUUCUCUGCUUUUCCACUCAGGUUUUUCUGUGUGCAUUUUCAAUUUGUGCACCAAAAACCCUGAGUGCAAACGCACGUACAGAAAGAGUCCUGGCCUCAAAUCCAUCUGGCUGCUGUCUCUCCGUGUGGAGUUUGCAUGUUCUCCACUUGUUAGGUCGGGUUUUCUCCGGGAUGCUCCGGUUCGCCCGAUGACAUGCAGGUUAGGUAAUGGAGUAGCUGGGCUCAGCAGGUUAAGCAGGGCAUCUACUGACCCCCGGCUUCUCCUGGCACUGAACCCCCAGCUGUUCCAACACCUAACUUUAGUAAUAAUAAAAUAAUUGCAAUUGGAAUUACUGCCUUAUGGUUGUAUGUCUCCAUGCACAGUUUACAUCAAUGUCUGUGAAAACAUGAUGCUUCACACCCAUUGUUCCCAGACAGCACAGAAGAUCUAUACAGCAGAGUUUCAAGGUGGGCACUGAAGAUGUGUGUCACCAAUUAAAUAUCAGUUCCUAUGAUAUGACCUUGAGUAAUAGCCAGAAAAGUGUUUUAUGUAGAACAUUAUGAAGUCACAGUGAAGCUGACCUUUUGGAUAUUAAAUGUCAUCACUUCAUUAUUUUAUCUGCUUAAUUGU